AUCGAUAUUUUAUUUUGUGUGUUCAUUUAGCAAAGUGUGUGACGUUAGACAGCGUUGAAUCAGACACUGUUGAUGAUUUAAAAGUCGGUUUCUGCUUAUUUAUGCGAACACGAGAGGGAAUCAGCAGUAACCAUGUAUGACCAAGAUGAAGAUAUCCAAUACGAUGAGGAUGAGGAUGAAAUCACCCCCGAUUUAUGGCAGGAAGCUUGCUGGAUUGUUAUCAGUUCCUAUUUUGAUGAGAAGGGCCUGGUGCGACAGCAGCUGGACUCCUUUGACGAGUUCAUCCAGAUGUCUGUGCAGAGGAUCGUGGAGGAUGCCCCGCCCAUUGACCUGCAGGCUGAGGCCCAGCACACCUCUGGUGAGGUGGAGGAUCCGCCACGCUACUUGCUGAAGUUUGAGCAGAUCUACCUUUCAAAACCCACUCAUUGGGAAAGAGAUGGAGCCCCGUCGCCUAUGAUGCCCAACGAGGCCAGACUCAGGAACCUUACGUACUCUGCUCCACUGUACGUGGACAUCACCAAGACCAUCAUCAAGGAGGGUGAGGACCAGCUGCAGACCCAGCACCAGAAGACCUUCAUCGGCAAGAUCCCGAUCAUGCUGCGCUCCACCUACUGCCUGCUCAGCGGCCUGACAGACCGUGAUCUGUGUGAGCUCAACGAGUGCCCACUGGACCCCGGGGGCUACUUCAUCAUCAAUGGGUCAGAGAAGGUCCUGAUCGCCCAGGAGAAGAUGGCCACGAACACAGUGUACGUCUUCGCCAAGAAGGACUCAAAGUAUGCGUACACAGGGGAGUGCCGCUCCUGCCUGGAAAACUCCUCGCGCCCCACCAGUUCCAUCUGGGUCAGCAUGAUGGCCAGGGGAGGACAGGGGGUGAAGAAAAGUGCCAUUGGUCAGAGGAUCGUGUCCACUCUGCCCUACAUCAGACAGGAAGUCCCCAUCAUCAUAGUGUUCCGAGCCCUGGGCUUUGUGUCCGACAGAGACAUCCUGGAGCACAUCAUCUACGACUUUGACGACCCUGAGAUGAUGGAGAUGGUCAAACCAUCCCUGGACGAGGCCUUUGUGAUCCAGGAGCAGAACGUGGCGCUGAACUUCAUUGGCUCUCGUGGUGCCAAGCCCGGUGUCACCAAGGAGAGGAGGAUCAAGUACGCCAAGGAGGUGCUACAGAAGGAGGUGCUCCCCCACGUCGGAGUCAGUGACUUCUGUGAGACCAAGAAGGCCUAUUUCUUAGGGUACAUGGUCCACAGACUCCUAUUAGCGGCCCUGGGCAGAAGAGAGCUGGACGACAGGGAUCACUAUGGCAACAAGAGACUAGACUUGGCUGGGCCGCUGUUGGCUUUCCUGUUCCGUGGAAUGUUCAAGAACCUGCUGAAAGAGAUCCGCAUCUACGCCCAAAAGUUUAUUGACCGAGGGAAGGACUUCAACCUGGAGUUGGCCAUCAAGACACGAAUCAUCUCCGACGGCCUGAAGUACUCUCUGGCCACGGGGAACUGGGGUGACGUCAAGAAGGCCCAUCAGGCCAGAGCUGGAGUGUCCCAGGUGCUGAACCGCUUGACCUUCGCCUCCACCCUCUCUCACCUUCGUCGUGUGAACUCCCCCAUCGGUAGGGACGGCAAGCUAGCCAAGCCCCGGCAGCUUCACAACACGCUGUGGGGCAUGGUGUGCCCUGCUGAGACCCCGGAGGGUCAUGCUGUAGGCCUAGUGAAGAACCUGGCCCUCAUGGCCUACAUCUCUGUGGGCUCCCAGCCCUCUCCCAUCCUGGAGUUCUUGGAGGAGUGGAGCAUGGAGAACCUGGAGGAGAUCUCACCGGCAGCCAUUGCGGAUGCCACAAAGAUCUUUGUCAAUGGCUGUUGGGUGGGCAUACACAAGGACCCAGAGCAGCUGAUGAACACACUGAGGAAACUGAGGAGGCAGAUGGACAUCAUUGUGUCUGAGGUGUCCAUGAUCAGAGACAUCCGAGAGAGGGAGAUCCGCAUCUACACGGACGCCGGGAGGAUCUGUCGUCCUCUGCUGAUCGUAGAGAAGCAAAAGCUGCUGCUGAAAAGGAGACACAUCGACCAGCUGAAGGAGAGGGAGUACAACAACUACAGUUGGCAGGACCUGGUGGCCAGCGGCGUGGUGGAGUACAUCGACACCCUGGAGGAGGAGACUGUGAUGCUGGCCAUGACCCCUGAUGACCUCCAGGAGAAGGGUGUGGCCUACUGUUCUACAUACAGCCACUGUGAGAUCCACCCCUCCAUGAUCCUGGGAGUCUGUGCUUCCAUCAUCCCCUUCCCCGAUCACAACCAGUCUCCCAGAAACACAUACCAGUCUGCUAUGGGUAAACAAGCCAUGGGUGUGUACAUCACCAACUUCCACGUGCGGAUGGACACCCUGGCCCAUGUGCUCUACUACCCCCAAAAACCCUUAGUCACCACCCGCUCUAUGGAGUACCUACGUUUCAGAGAGCUCCCUGCAGGUAUCAACUCGAUUGUGGCUAUUGCGGCGUACACUGGCUACAACCAGGAGGACUCUGUCAUCAUGAACCGCUCUGCUGUGGACCGUGGAUUCUUCAGGUCUGUGUUCUACCGCUCCUACAAAGAGCAGGAGUCAAAGAAAGGCUUCGAUCAGGAGGAAAUCUUUGAAAAACCCUCACGCGAAACCUGUUCGGGCAUGAGGCACGCCAUUUACGACAAGCUGGAUGACGACGGCUUGAUAGCUCCCGGAGUGCGUGUUUCCGGCGAGGACGUCAUCAUCGGCAAGACGGUGACCCUGCCGGAGAACGACGAUGAGCUGGACAGCACCAACCGGCGCUACACCAAGAGGGACUGCAGCACCUUCCUCCGCACCAGCGAGACAGGCAUCGUGGACCAAGUCAUGGUCACCCUCAACCAGGAGGGCUACAAGUUCUGCAAGAUUAGGGUUCGCUCUGUUCGUAUCCCCCAGAUCGGUGACAAGUUUGCCAGUCGACACGGGCAGAAGGGUACCUGUGGUAUUCAGUACAGACAGGAGGACAUGCCCUUCACUUGCGAGGGAAUUACCCCAGACAUCAUCAUCAACCCCCACGCCAUCCCCUCUCGUAUGACAGUCGGCCAUUUGAUUGAGUGCCUGCAGGGCAAGGUUUCAGCCAACAAAGGGGAGAUUGGUGACGCCACGCCUUUCAACGAUGCGGUCAAUGUGCAGAAAGUCUCCAACCUGCUGUCUGAAUACGGAUAUCACCUGAGGGGCAACGAGGUGUUGUACAACGGCUUCACCGGCCGUAAGAUUACCUCUCAGAUCUUCCUCGGGCCCACAUACUACCAGCGCCUGAAGCACAUGGUGGACGAUAAGAUCCACUCUCGGGCCCGAGGCCCAGUCCAGAUCCUCAACAGACAGCCCAUGGAGGGCAGAUCACGUGAUGGAGGUCUUCGUUUUGGGGAGAUGGAGCGUGAUUGUCAGAUUGCCCACGGCGCGGCUCAGUUCCUGCGCGAGAGGCUGUUCGAGGCGUCCGACCCCUACCAGGUCCACGUCUGCAACCUAUGUGGCCUCAUGGCCAUCGCCAACACCCGCACGCACACCUACGAGUGCAGGGGCUGUCGCAACAAAACACAGAUCUCCUUGGUCAGAAUGCCGUACGCCUGCAAGCUGCUCUUCCAGGAGCUCAUGUCCAUGAGUAUCGCCCCUCGUAUGAUGACCAGUUAGGACCACUACCGAGCCCCUUUUCGAGUCGACGGAAAUUCAAAUUCUGUUUGGAAGGAAUGUCGAGGACAUCACUUAUCUCUACAGUGGGGGAGCUGGAGAAUCAGGAGACUGUUUUAAUGCUAAUGGUCAGGCUUGUGUUUUUGUCUGCAAAAGUAUUUUUGUUGUGAUAUCACAGUUUUGGAAAAGAAGAUCGUCUGUUAUUUUUGGAAAACUAGAAUAAAUGUUUAUUGUGCUGUCACACUGUAUUUUUUUAAUUCUGUGUUUUGUAGCUAGCUUGAUCUGGAUUUGAAAAACUCAGAUGUUAUAUUUCUGUCACACUUUAAAAAGCUCUGUGCAUAACUCUUGAUCAUGUAAUAUCGAAAUAACCACAAAAAAUAACCAAAUCAAUUUUUGUAUUUAUUAGUGAUGUACAGCACCUGUCACACAGUAAUAACAUCUAGUGUUAGUAAACCAUACACCAACGUGAAUACAGCAAAUUCAUACAUACAGCUUAAGUCUGGGGGAAACUAGAAACAUUUGGUAAAAGCAAUGUCCGCUGGCCUCUUCAUUGGAGUUGCAGACUUUUAGCACCGAAAGUGGAUCUCUACAUUCCAUCAUAAAUCCUCCUUUUUCUACACCA